AUGGGCAGUAGCAGCAAGGUCUCCAGCUGGUUCUCCUCCUCUGCCUCGAUGGAGGACGAAAGCAGCUCCACCCCCAUCGUUCUCGGUGGGAGAGCGGCAGGGCCUCAGCGGGAUAGCAGCACGGCUUGGCGGGGUGACAACAGGGCUCCAGUCUCCUCAAUCCACAGUGAUGGCAGUCCUUGGCGUGGCGAGAUGCGUGGCAUGGCUCGACGUGCUGCGACAGCAAGAGCUCCUGCCCAUGUGGCUUCGGAGGAGACGACCGUGAUCGACAAGAAUUCGGUCUUCAUCAUGAUGACCAAUAUUGCGACGACAUCGUCGGAGCCGCGCAAUAGGGGACUCCCGCAACAACACCUACUACUCGCCCACGGCAAGCCCCAUCAGGAGCUCGCCGCCUUCUGGGAUCUCACCUCGGUGCUCGACCACCGGCCUAGCCCGCCCACCUCGGCGUCCACGCUGUCUUCGCCCCUGGGCGACGUGGCGGCCCUCGCCGGCGCUAACGCUAAGAGCGUCUCCCCGCCCCCUCCCGCAUGGCCGGCCGGGGACGACGACGAUGCCCAAGGGAAGGAGGACUGGGUCCACCACCUCCCGCCCCUUGACAUGGAGCUCGGCGCCGCAGAGGCCUGGGAGCCUCCCGGCGUCGGGCUCCCGGAGGCCGUCGCUCAACCGCAGGGGCUCUCGCAGGACAAUACCUUCCUCCGGUGGAUCAUUGGCGGCGACGACGCAUCGCAGGCGAUGCCCGGCGUUAUGGACCACCCGGUUCUUGACCUCGACCACAUCCCCUCCUCCGUGCUCUCGCGCCAGCCGCUGCCGUUCCAGCAGGCCUUGGACGACACAAAGGCGGCACCUUUCGGCCCUUCGAUCCACCAGCCGCACCGGCACGCCGCGUUCCUCGGUGCGCUCCCGCCCUUCGACACGGCGCUGGCGCCGCCGGAGCGGCAGCACCCGAUGGCCGGCCCCGCCGCGACCGCAGGUGGGCUCGUGCCCGCCCUGAAGCCGAAGGCGGAGGCGGCGAGCGACGACCCUGCCGCGGAAGUGGACCAGCUCGCCGAGGCGGCCAAACUUGCCGAAGCCGGCGACGUCUUGGGCGCCCGCGAGAUAUUGGCGCGGCUCAAUUACCGGCUCCCCGCCGCUCCCACGGCCGGGUCGCCAUUACUCCGCUCUGCCUUCUAUUUCAAGGAGGCUUUGCGCGUUGCCCUCUCCACCACCGCCGACGCCUCCUCGGCGUUCACGCCGGUGGACGUGCUCCUCAAGCUCGGCGCCCACAAGGCCUUCUCCGAGGUCUCUCCGGUGCUCCAGUUCACGCACUUCACCUGCGUCCAGGCCGUGCUCGACGAGCUCGGUGGCGCCGGCUGCAUCCACGUGCUCGACUUCGACAUCGGCGUCGGUGAGCAGUGGGCGUCGCUGAUGCAGGAACUGGCCCAACGCCGCCCCAGCACCGCGCUCAAAGUCACCGCAUUGGUGUCGACGGCGUCGUACCACCCGCUGGAGUUGCAGCUAGUCCAUGAGAACCUCUCCAACUUCGCCGCCGAGACCCGCGUCCGGUUCCAAUUCGCCUUCUUCAACCUUGACACCAUGGACCCCACGGAGCUCCUCGCCAUUGCCGGCGGCGACGCCAUCGCUGUCCACCUUCCCGUCGGCUCGGUCCACGCUCCCGCGGUGCCGUCCAUCCUUAACCUUGUCAGGCGCCUUGGCGCCAAGCUUGUCAUCUCCGUCGACCGCAGCUAUCACCGCAGCGAGCUGCCCUUCGCCGCGCACCUGUUCCAGGCGUUCCAGUCGUGCGUGUUCCUGCUGGAGUCCCUGGACGCCGUCGACACGGACUCGAACGUAGCCGGCAAGAUCGAACGCUUCUUGAUCCGGCCGAGGGUCGAGAGCUGCGUGGUGAAGAGGUACCACGCCGCCACCGCGGGCGACAAGACGCCGCCCUGGAGGACAAUGCUCGCGUCGGCUGGGUUCGUGCCGGUGCAAGCAAGCAGCUUCGCGGAGGCGCAGGCGGAUUCACUGCUCAAGAAGGUGCCGGUUCGGGGCUUCCGUGUGGAGAAGCGCGCCGGCUCGCUGGUCCUGCAUUGGCAACUCGGGGAGCUGGUCUCCGUGACGGCAUGGAGAUGCUAGCAGGCUCGCCUCCGUCAUUUCCCCUGGAGAUCACCACGAAAACAAGUUAGUAGGCUAGUUAGGACCACUGAUCCUAACAAUAUUUCUGUUGCUGCAUUGAUCAAAUUACUUGUGAUGCAUGUCAUGUCACCUAGCUGGUUGUUGUGCUCCAACUGUCAAUCUGUCAUGCCGCUUGUUUGGCAGAUUGCAAGGUCUGGCAGAUUACUACAGUACCAGUGUAUUUUACUUCUCAUAUUCCUGUGCAAAAAUGGUUAU